UGAUCCCUUUUAGCUUUACCCCACUUCUUCACUUCUUGCUCUUUCUGCUUUUUAUAUACACGGCGCACCCCUCUACCUAUUCCUCUAGAUAGUAGCCAGACAGCACACGUGACCUCGCGCCACGCCGCUCCGAAUCCACGAUUUGAUUUCUGCAUCCUAACUCCAUCGUCCCUUCUUCAAGUGCCAAAACCACUCUGCCUCAUGCCUAUUUAUCUAGCAAACCAUAGGUACCAACAACAAAACAGACACGCUCACGCCACCACCGGCAACGGUUACCUAGGUAUGCAUCACCACCGCCGCCGCCGCCGCCGCUGUGGCCGAGCCGAAGCCCGCCCGCCCUCGCCCUCGCCCUCGCCACAGCGCUCGUUCCUGGCCCCCAAGCCCAACCCGGUUCCGCGGUCGCGGCCACGUGGGCCUGCGCCGCGGAGCGCUGACUUGGCACGCCUAGGUACCCAGUUCGCGGUGGCCCGAUCGCGGGGGUCCGGCGUGCUGGGAUGCUGUGUGCGUGCACCGCCACGCCACGAUGAUGCCGUGGCUGGCUGGCUGCCUGGCCGGGUACUGGGCCUCUGCGUCUUUGGUGUGAAGGACGGUCGGUCGGUGGGGUGGGUUGGGUUGGGAGGGCUUGUAGGUAGGGAUGUUUUGGGAAGAAGGAAGGAGUGGCGGCUGGUGAGGUUACGUGGGAUUGGGAUCGGAUUGGGAUCGGGAAGGGAUUGUGAUCAGGAUCACGAUUACGAUAGAGCGAUUGGGAGCGCGAUCCGCGCGAUCCGCGCGUGUUUGGCGCCAGGGUAGUGUUCCUACGCAGUAGAUGGAUGGGUUGGAGGGGCG